GGUUGGAGUGUUGUUCUGGCUCACUCCCUUAGGCGUGGAUCUGGUCUUCGAUUUGAGACAAAAUUUUGACUUCAAAAUCAAAAUAUAAUAGUCAAGUCACCGCCCUGAACACACUUUGCGGAUACAGUAUGAGUUGAGUAUUCUCCUGGACUCGGAGUUGAAAAAGCGUGGUUAGAAAUUAAUUUGAGAUUUGUAAACAUGUCCAAAUUGUCUUUUUUGUUAAAAAAAAGGCACAGUCUCCGGAAAGAAUUUCUUCAGGAUGCAGGCGCGAACAACGCCCUCUAGGAAGCGGGUAUAAGAGAAAGGGAGGUUGGGCUUGGUUUCAGUUCUUGCUGCGGACAGACGUGGGUUGAGUGUAACCGCGAUUUCUUUUACACAAGUACGCAUCUCUGACAACUAGUAAAUCGUGUUGAGGUCGUACGAUUCGUUGUUUUCCGGAACCUGGGCUGCUGCAGUUUGGGAGGAACCCCCGAUGACUUGCCGUGCUCUUCACUAAAACUAGUCCACUUAUUUGUUUUCAGUUUUUUUUGUUUGUCCUGUAAUUUUUUUAAAAAAGCCUUCCUUUGUGCAAAUUGAGCAAAAAGAAAUCACCCCAUGGAUCGAAAGUACAGCGCUCGCGAGGGGGGAGCGCCAACCGCAACUGGCGGGACCCCUGAUGAACCAGGCGCUCCAAGUCUGGCCGCCACCGAGAUGAUGACUUUGUUAACUCGCUUCGGCAAAACACUUCUGUGGCUCAUGUUGAUCUAUCUAACCGGUUACUUCGGGCUGAGUGUGAGCUUUUUGGUUUUCGGACUGAUGCUAUGGAUGGGCUGGAAAAUGCGGAGAGAGAGCAAACAGAACAAACUGAGGGACGCCUUCUACCUUCUGGAAAACGAAGAAAACGUCACCAGAAAGAGGACAAACAAAAGCCUGCCAGCUUGGAUUAACUUCCAGGAUCUUGAGCGUGCAGACUGGUUAAACAAGGUUCUACAGCAAGCAUGGCCAUUUGUUGGUCAGUACCUGGAGAAGCUGUUGGUGAACUCCAUUGCUCCCAUUAUUCGGAGUUCAAACAACCAUCUGCAAACCUUUGCCUUCACAAAAGUCAGCUUUGGAGUGAAGCCUCUGAAGAUUCAUGGAGUACAGGUGCAUACAGGUACAGAUAAAAGGCAGGUCACACUUGAUCUGCAUAUCAGUUACAUUGGUGACUGUGAAAUCAAUGUUGAAGUGAAGAAGUAUUUCUGCAAAGCUGGAGUGAAUGGUAUCCAGCUUCAUGGGAUGCUUCGUGUGAUCCUUGAACCAUUGAUUGGACAGAUGCCAUUAGUUGGAGCAGUGACUUUGUUUUUUGUCCGCCGCCCAGUACUUGACAUAAACUGGACAGGACUCACCAACCUGUUGGAUAUUCCGGGACUGAGCUCAAAGUCCGACACAGUACUUAUGGACACCAUUGCUUCUUUCCUGGUUUUGCCAAACCGAAUCACCUGCCCUCUAGUUGGAGAUCUUCAUGUGGCUGAACUUCGUUCUCCCCUGCCUCGGGGAAUAGUACGGAUUUAUCUAAUUGAAGCAGCAAGCCUGGAAUCAAAGGACACCUAUGUUAAGGGAUUCAUCAAAGGAAAGUCUGAUCCAUAUGCAAUUGUGCGAGUGGGCACACAGGCAUUCAUGAGCAAGACCAUCAGUGAAACUGUGAAUCCCAAGUGGAAUGAAAUGUAUGAGGUGAUUGUCCAUGAAGUUCCUGGUCAGCUGUUGGAAAUUGAGAUGUUUGAUAAAGACCCAGAUCAGGACGAUUUCCUGGGCAGAAUGCAGCUGGACCUUGGAGAAGUGAUGAAAAAUCAAACAGUGGAAGAGUGGUUCACGCUCAAAGAUGUUGAGAGGGGGAAAGUUCGUCUGAAACUGGAGUGGCUAUCCCUGUACUCGGACCCAGCAAAACUGGAGCAGGCACUGAUGGUUAAUAAUGCCAUUGCUGUGCAGAACAGCGAGGAACCCUCUGCUGCUAUCAUGGUUGUCUACGUGGACCAAGCACAGGACCUCCCGCUAAAGCAAGGAACCAGGGAACCGAAUGCACUGGUACAGGUCUCAUUAUUGGACAAAACCUUCGAGAGCAGGACGGUGUAUAAUACAAAUGCCCCAGUUUGGGAGGACGCCUUUACGUUUUUUGUUCAAAAUCCAAAUCAACAAGACCUUGAUAUACAGGUUAAAGAUGAUGACCGUCAAUUUAGCCUGGGAUCACUAUCCAUACCUUUAUCACAGUUGCUGGUGAGCCCAGAUAUGAGCUUUGACCAGUGGUUUCCACUAGAACAUUCUGGGCGUCAUAGCCAAAUCUACCUGAAAAUCAUAAUGCGGGUCCUGAUUGCCGACACAGUUGACCUGGAGAAGCUGCCUAGGACACGGAAAUCCACCCUGGAAAAAAACAUAGGAUCAGCCAAGUCUGACAAGAUGAAUGUGACUGCAGCUAAGUUAGUGGAAGCUGCAGGAGUGGGGAGCCUGAUCCAAGCUCCCUUACCAACUGAAAGCAGUGCCCCAAGUAGUGUGGGGACUGAGGGAGUGAUACGAAUUCACCUGUUAGAAGCUGAGAACCUAAUUGCAAAGGACAAUUUCAUGAAAGGGAUCAUGAAAGGGAAAUCAGAUCCCUAUGUCAAAGUGCGAGCAGGUGCCCAAAGCUUUCGGAGCAAAACAAUUAAAGAAAACCUUAAUCCCAAGUGGCAUGAGAUGUAUGAGGUCAUUGUAAAUCACGUUCCAGGUCAGGAGCUAGAGUUUGAGCUCUUUGAUAAGGAUGUUGACAAAGAUGAUUUCCUUGGAAGAUUAAAGAUCAGCUACAAGGACAUCAUGAACAGUAAAAUUAAGGAUGAGUGGUUCAUGCUAAACGAUGUCAAAUCAGGAAAACUUCAUCUCAAGUUAGAAUGGUUGCCCCCAGGCAUGGAUGCACUCCUCCUAGAUCAGGUGCUUCAGGCAAACAGGACCAUCUUCACACAGAAUGAAUUGGAACCAUCUGCUGCCAUCUUGACCGUCUACCUGGACAGGGCACACGAUCUUCCUAUGAAGAAAGGGAAGAAGCACCCCAGUCCAGUGGUUCACAUCACUGUCAAUGGCACUUCAUAUAAAAGUCAGAUUAUUAAUAGCACAGAACUACCCAUUUGGGAGGAAUCAUUUUCAUUCCUUGUUGGGAAUCCAAAUUUGGAACGUAUGGAGCUUCAGGUUAAAGAUGACAGUCAUGUCCUGGGGACUCUGACACUCCCACUCUGCCAACUGCUGACCAGCAAGAAUCUGACUUUAGACAAAUGGUUUAAGUUAGAGAAUUCAGGACCCAGUAGUCAAAUCAUGUUGAAAGUCAUGCUGGGGAUCCUAGUUUCUGAGCAUUCCAGGGAACUUUUCUCAAUUCAAUCUAUGGCACAGGACCCAGCUAGCUGUGAGGUGGAGAAUGUGUCAUUCUUGCCUUCAGCUAGUGAUGAGAGUGAAUUGAAACCUGUUUCGUCACUAGCAAAUGAUCCCAGUAACCAUUCAGUUUCCGACAACAGCGUUCCAAACAGUGAAUCGGUGUCAUCUGAACUGGAUCUGCGACAGAGAAUGCAUCGCAAAAUGGAUAUUUUAGAGUCACCACAGAUCAAGCUGACACUGCAGUACCAUGUGCAGCAAGGAAAACUGCUCCUUGUGGUGCAUUCCUGCAGGAAUCUGAAGCUUCAUUCCAAGGAGAUCCCUGAUCCCUAUGUGUCUCUCAUUCUGCUCCCUGACAAAAAUCGAGUGACAAAGAGGAAGACCAGUAUAAAAAAGAAAACAAUCAAUCCGGAUUAUAAUGACAAAUUUGAGUUUGAAAUAUCAUUGGAGGAAGCACAGAAAAGAAAGCUGGAGCUCACGGUGAAGAACAGUGUUUCCUUCAUGUCCAGAGAGAUUGGAAAGCUCCAUUUUGAUCUGUCACCACUAGACUUGACUCAGGAGAUAACACAAUGGUUCGAUUUGAAGGAAGAAUAGAGUGAUUCUGCAAUAAGGCAUAGCAACAAGUUUAUUAAACCCAAUAAUGAGUUUGUUUUUGGUUUAUGCCAACUUUUUUAAUGGUUUUAUCUCAAUUGAAGUAUUUUAUACCACUUAAAGUAUUAUGUAACAUUUUUAAUGGCAUCUUGUAUUCACUUACUGUUUUUAUUUGCUUUAAUUCAUCAAGCACGUUCCAGAGACUGCCUUCAGCAUAUCGAGAAAGCCAUAUUGUCUGCAGCAUUAGUCGCUUCCUGUGGUUAUCUAAACAUCAGUGGGGGAGGGAGAGAUGUUCUUGGAAAUUGUGAUGCUUUUUCCAAGUCUAGAACAGAUCUAACUCAGACAUCAUAAUGCAGUGGAAAUCUAUUUAGUGUCUUGUGUGAAAAGUUCAGGAAGCGUAAAUGCAGUUCCAUCUACCAUUUAACAUAUUAUUGCAAUCUUAAUGAAAACCUUAUAAGGAUUGCUAGUACGGAAAAUAUAACUUUUUCAGACCUAAACAGAGGGUGUAUAGAAAAUGGAACCGAGGCAGUAGUGAAUUUAGUGUUACAAUUGGCUAUUACACAACUUGGAUCAAUCGCAGUAUACUGUUCCAAGGGUAUGAAAGCAGUCAUGUCUGCCAGCAGACAGCUUCCCAAUAUUUAAGAAAUUAAUCCAAAAAACUAAUUUCUACAUCAUGGAACUUAAAGAACUGCACAUAUUUGAAUCCUGGAGUUUACCAUCAUCUUUGUUUCUUGUGGCAUCUGACACAACAAUAGUGCAGGCAGCAGUGCAGACACCAGUAUUUCAGCAGCAACCCCUCACACAAAUGGCACGUUACCAUCACACUCUUCAGCAGCACCCCAACAGGAGUUAUAUCCCCUCCUGCCCUGUGCUGCCAAAACACAGACCUGCCCCUUGACCCCCUCUCUCACCCCACCCCCUGAGUUAGAAUAUUGGGCCUUGCUUAGUUAAUGGAUCAAUUUCCAUUUGGAAUGAGAUGUUGAGCACUAUAUCGGAACUAGGUUUGCUGUGAACAAGCCUCUCAAAAAAAAAAAUAGAAAUUGCUUGUGUCUGCUUUGGGUCUCAGACUUAAUGCAGCAUAUUGGACACUGGGCCUCAUUGACAUUUUAUGUGCCACAGCACCAAAAAUUUGCAGGCACCUCACACUGCAGGUGACGAAUAUUAGGACAUCUACGCUGCCCAGAGUGACCCCGAGUGUGCCAUGGGAAAGAUAUUACACUCACUCCAUCUGGAUCCAGACAUGUAAAAAUAAGCCAUAUCUAUCUUUUCCACCGGGGCCACUCAGGAAUUGAGUGGUGUGUACUCCGCAUCUGUUUUAGGCAGCUGCCCAGAACCCCAGAAAAGCAGUCUACGUAAAUAUGGUACAACAUGUCCUCUAACCUUUAUUCCACAGUACACCGCUGCUUUAAGCGUGUGGGCCUUUUUCAACUUCUUUGUGGCAUACCCUUCAAGGAGCAUCUUGCAAGGGUGUUGCCCCCUACCAGCCCAGAUGUAUUACUGUUACCCUUUUUUUAAACCCUUGCUGGGACUUUCUACUGCAGUUAAUACAAAGAUAUUUAAGGGUUUUAGUGACAACACAUCCAAAAAUAUGGCUUACCAAUGCUUUGGGCAAAAGCUAGUAGUGUGAACAGCUUUGCAAUAGAGUAGACUGAGGAAAAAAUAAGCUGAGGUGAGUUAAAACUGGGAAAACUUGCUCCAUUGGAAUGUUUGUUGUGCAAGCUGAAAGUGCAAUUAGGCACAGCAACAAGUUCCAUAUUAGAAUGAGGGAAAGCCAUGGGUAGAACUAGGAGUACUGCCUGACUCAUAGCUUGACUCCAUGGUGAAUAAAACGGAACUGGUUUCAGAGAUCAACGUGGAUUGCUUGGAGCAAUUCUGAGAUACCUUUUAUAACCAAAUUGUUCAUAUUUUGGAGUUUUGCAUAAAUCAUAUAUGCACAAACGUUUUAUGAUAUAUACCAGGUUUUUCAGUUGAAUCUUUGUCAUUAUCUUUGAGAAAGCCUUAGCCUUUAUAUACUCUGUUGUUUAAAAUAUAUUAUGUAUUCAUGCAGCAAAAUCAAUCAAGACCAGGUGUAACUUUACUCUGUUCACAUUUCACUCUGCAUCCAGGAUUUUCAUUCAGGUUUUAGAUUUUGUUUGUUUGAAAGCUGGAAUAGGUUUUACCUGAAGAUUAAUAGUAGGGCAACACAAGAAACUGCGGAAAAACUCAGCUGGUCUGGCAGCAUCUGUACAGAGAAAUAGAGUUGAUGUUUCGGGUCCAGUGAUCCUCCAUCAUAAUGGUAAGGCAACCACUGAUGUUUGUCUUUUGGUUGUGCCAUCUAUAGACCUUGUAUAAGUCUUUAGAUUUCUUUUGAUCUGCUGGUUUCUCCUCCAGUUCCAGGUCCAUGAUCAAUUAAUGAAGUAUUACUCCUCAAAACCAAGACCAAUGCUGUAAAGUAGACUGCCAAGUGUUGAUGGCAGCAUUUUGGAAACUGUUUAUGAAAUAAAUGGAGUAUCACUCUGGAAAGGGAAAAUCUUUCAAUACAAAAUACUUUACAAAGCCAGUUUUGGUAAGGGUUAUUAAAUAGCAAAUAUUCCAAUCUGUGCAAAUCCAAAAGGAGCCUGUAAAAGCCCAAUUAGUCUUCUGACUGGAAAAGAUCCACUGAGCUGCUGUACUCGAGGGACCUGUAUCUGACCAGUUGCCACAGAUUUGAGUGGGACACUCUGGGAUGUCCUGUGGCUGUGAAAGGUACUAUAUAAACGAAAAUUCUGUCCUUGUAUUCUAACAUUCAGCCUGGGUUGUGCUGUUCCUAUUUGGAUUUUUUAAUUUGCCAAUUUGAUAAUCAGCUCUGUAAGGAUUUGUCUUUGUACGUUUCUAUUGAAAUUAAUGUUGUACAACUUUUGAGAUGCAGAAUUUGGAUUUUUUUUCCUGUUGAAAAUUUCUUUAUUAAAAAGCCUUAAAAGACUACAUAAUAAUAUUUGAUAAACUGUCAAGAGUGAUCAAUAUACAUCUAAAGACAUGAUUAGGCAAAAUUAAUGUCAACUAUUGAUACUCAACUUUAGUGUUCACACCUAAGGUUUCUUUUUUAAAGGUGGAGUUAAACUUUGUACCUGAAGCUAUAUUUGAAAGUUUACAUCCAGACAGUCCGUUUUAAAGUCACCAAAUAACGGCACAUUUCUCUGCUGUGAGCAGGAUUCGAAUGUGCCGGUGGAAACCCCGUUGGAUUUUGAGUCCAACACCAUAAGCUCUUGGCCAUCAGAGUCCAGGUUUCUCUCUGGAACAGAGUUAGUGCAAUUUGAUGAUCUCAUUCUGGUUCCUGCUUUUUUUUCUUUUAAUUCAGAAUGUGAGUGUUGCUAGCUAGGCCACCACUUAUUGCUCAUCCUUCAUUAACUUUUUGAGGAGACUGUGAGGUGCUUUCUUGAACCACUGCAGUCCUUGUGGAGAUAUUGUGCAGUUAGAGAGGGAGUUCCAGGAUUUUUGACCCAGCAACACUGGUGAUAUAUUUCCAAGUCAGGAUGGUGUGUGGCUUGGAGGGGAACUUGCAGAUAGUGUAUCUGCUGCCCUUGUCCUUGAGCUUACUGCUCCUCCUCUUUGGCUUUUACCACGUACAGCAGUCCUGUUGUCUCCUGUCUGACAUACAAUCAGCUAUUUAUAAUUUAAAUUCUUCAAUAUCUAGACCUUUUCUUUCAUAUGAAUUAUGUAGCCAUUAUUUUGUCUGUUACAAGAUAGAUAAAACAGAUAUUUUCAACUAAAAUUGCAUUUAUUAAAGAAAAAUAUAACUAGCAUAAAAUAAACUGCUACUUUUGCUAAAUGUAUAGAUUCACAUUAGCACAUUGUGAUCUACGUAUUCAAGUGCUCAAAUCACAAUAAAUUUAGAUUGAUAAAGUGGAAUAUUCCUGCAUGUACAUGUAUUGUAUUGCAUCGCUAUGUAAUAAAAGGAGUGAAAAUCCAUAUAUAUUCAA